AUGACGACAAACGACGCCGGCAUUGUAGGCGGGACGAGAAACGAAAAAAAUAUACCCUCGUUGGACGGGUCAGAGGAUUCGACUAGCUCUAUCAUCAAUAUGGGAGAUUCAGCACAUACUCCUGUUGGCGACCCUAACCAGGAGAAGAACCAGGAACUCACAAGACAUACCACGGCUCUGUCCCAUCAUGGGGAAUCUAUACGACAGAUUCAGACUCGAGAAGACGGUGUCGAGUACCCUGGCGGCAUGAAGCUCUUCUUGAUCACUUUGGCAUUAUGUCUAGGCGUCUUUUUGAUGGCUCUCGACAACUCCAUCAUCGCAACCGCUAUUCCUAAAAUCACAGAUGAUUUCCACAGUCUACCCGACGUGGGUUGGUAUGGGAGUGCCUACCUGUUGACCACCGCCGUCCUUCAGCUUCUCUUCGGAAAGUUCUAUACCUUCCUGAGUAUAAAAGUUGUCUUCCUCGCCGCUAUCAGCGUCUUCGAGAUCGGAAGCUUGAUAUGCGGAGUCGCUCAGAAUUCAUUGACGUUGAUCAUCGGCCGUGCCGUUGCUGGCCUAGGCUCUGCUGGCAUCAUGUCCGGCGCUUUCCUCAUUCUCGCACAUAGCGUUCCCCUUGCCAAACGACCAAUAUACACCGGUCUCAUCGGCGGCAUGUACGGUAUUGCAUCAGUGGCAGGUCCCCUAUUAGGUGGUGUAUUCACCGACAAAGUGACAUGGAGAUGGUGCUUCUACAUCAACCUCCCAAUCGGCGCCGUAACCAUGCUCACCAUCCUCGCCUUCUUCCCAGAACCAAAACGCGACAUCCCCCAAGACGAAACCCUAACGCAGCGCAUCAAGCGCUUCGACCCCCUAGGAACCAUCCUCUUCAUGCCCGCCGUCAUCUGCGUGCUCCUCGCACUACAAUGGGGCGGGACAACCUACGCAUGGAACAGCGGGCGCAUCAUCGCGCUCUUCGUCGUCUUCGCCGUCCUCUUCCUCGCCUUCAUAUACGUGCAGUACGUGCAGCAAGAAGACGCCACGGUGCCUCCCCGCAUCUUCAAGAAACGCACCAUCUGGGCCAGCAGCCUGUUCGGCUUCAGCGUCGGCUCCGGCUUCUUCAUCAUGGUGUACUACAUCCCCAUCUGGUUCCAGUCCGUCCAGGGCGUCUCCGCCGUCGACUCCGGCAUCCGCAACCUGCCGAUGCUCAUCAGCGUCGUGCUGUUCUCCAUUGGCGCGGGUGCUAUGGUCACUGUUUUCGGGUACUACGCUCCGUUCAUGAUCCUCGGCACCGUUGUCAUGUCUAUCGGUGGCGGGUUACUGUCCACGUGGAAGCCGGACGUCAGUUCUGGCGUCUGGAUCGGGUACCAGAUCCUCUUCGGCGCGGGGGUCGGCAUGAGCAUGCAGCAGCCGCUCAUGGCCGUGCAGACCGUCCUCGACAUCAAGGACGUGCCCACCGGCACCUCCAUCCUCGUCUUCGUCCAGACUAUGGGCGGCGCAUUGUUCGUCAGCGUCGGCCAGACUGUCUUCGCGAACAAGCUCGUCCAGGAACUCGCUGUCAACGUCCCCGGCCUUGACCCGCAAGUCGUCUUGAAUGCCGGCGCGACGAACUUGAAGCAUAACCUGUCCCUUGACGUCAUCCCGAGCGUUAUCCUUUCGUAUAAUAAUGCGCUGACGACGGCGUUUGUUGUUGGUACGGCUUUGUGCGCUUUUACGGUCGUUGGGAGUGCUUCGGUUGAGUGGAAGAGCGUUAAGGGUAAGAAUGUUGAGGCGGGUGUUGUAUAG